GUUGGCUCUCUCUCGCGCUCGCGCUCUGGCUGUGUGUGUUUUUCCGGAAGAGGAAAUCUUAUAGUAGUUUAGACGAAGUUUUGGGAAACUUUUUUUUUUCCCCCACUUUUCCCGCAGAUGCCACGGUUCAGCUUGGAGUGUGUGUGAUCUGCGAGUGUGCUGCAAACUCCGACAGCUCACUGAAGCAUGCAUGGUUGUGCUCUAGCAGUCAGGAGUUAAAUCAUCCUAGGGCGUGUUCGCGUGAGAGACAUGGAAAUAACCGUUUACGACCUAUAGGCUUGUGUGGCAAACAAAGCAGUCAUGAGAUUUUCCAAUGUUGACAUUGGAAAAGCAGGACGGUGUGCAAACGAGACAACUUUCUUAUGAGCUUCUUCAAAUAACUGUGUCCAGGUGUGUGUGUGUGUGUACGUGUGUGUGUGCGUGUGUGGGCGGCAUUGUGCGUGUGUUACUUGCUGAGCUAACAUGGGUGGAUCUGACACAGUGUCACAUGGGUUUCUACAUUCUUGCCUCGAUUGUGAAAGCGUGUUUGGCUACGAGUCGGUACUCUCUCCCAAGUGAAAGCAGCUGAAAGAGGAGACGUGCCAAUGUGGAUCAAAACCUCGCACAUAAACCUGAAAAGAAAGGAGCUUGCCUUAUCUGUCACUGAAACUACUCGCAGAGGUGCUGUUAUAGAAAAUUAAUCAACUUCUGACCAAUCAGAAUCGAGAAUAAAUAUGUACUGAUGCGAAUAUCCACGCAAUAACAGGUGAUUAGUCUCCCUCUGUAGUGUCCCAGGAGGACAUGGAGGAGUGUGAAUUGCCCCCGGCAGGCAGGGAUCACCCCUGGAAAACUGCCACGCUGAGGAGGAUGGCAUGGGCGCAGAGUCGAGACUCAUGGCCAGCCCCGGAAUCGGAAGAACCGCUCACUAACAGCAACAGCAACAGCAACGACAAGCCUGGAACGGCCUCUGAGACUGGUCCGAUCCCUAACAAAAUAGCGAGCUGGCUGAGAGAAUGCAGGACUCCUCUUGGAGCUUCUCUUGAUGAGCAGUCCAACAGUCCGACCAAAGGACCACCGAGGAAUGGCUGUAGCUUCGAAGAUGACUUGUCCUUGGGUGCUGAGGCCCAUCUACUCCAGAGCAGCAGCGCCAAACCUGCCCCCAGUAAUUAUGAAAUGCAAGCAAUGGAGAAGAGGAGUCAGUUCAGACAGAAGGGUCGGAGUAUGAACUCCACCGGCUCGGGAAAGAGCAGCGGCACCGUGUCCAGUGUCUCAGAGCUGUUGGACUUGUAUGAAGAGGACCCAGAGGAGAUCCUCUACAAUCUGGGUUUCGGCCGUGAAGAGCCUGACAUCGCCUCUAAAAUCCCCUCACGGUUCUUCAACACAUCGUCCAAUGCCAAGGGCAUUGAUAUCAAGGUUUAUCUGGGAGCACAGAUGCAGCGCAUGGAGCUGGAAAAUCCCAACUAUGCCCUCACCAGCCGUUUUCGCCAAACUGAGGUUUUGGCCACUGUCGCCAAUGUCUUCUCAGAGAUCUACUCCCAGGUCUCGGGUCGUCCACUUCAGAAGAUCUGCCACAAGGAGGCAGAGCCUAAAGAGCCUGCCCCACUACGAAGGAAUAGCUCCACUCUUAAUGCAGUCAAGAUCCUGAAGAAGAACAUCACCCGGCCAAACCUCUUGGCCUUGGCGGAGAUGAUGUCAACACAGCCCACAAAAACUACGAACUCUGACCCUGAGGGAGCGAAGAAUGGGGUUUGUGAGCCUCACUCAGAUGCUGAGCUCAAGCAGAAGAUUUUCAGGAGGAAAGACUCAUCUCUGGCGACAGUAACUGAGGAGUCUAAUCAGUCUGGUGUUGAUGUUUGUGAGUCAGAGGCAGAAAACUCCAAACUUGUUAAUGGUGAACGAUUGUCUCCAAGUGUUGCUGAAAAACCUGAGGUGAUUCCGGAUGUUUCAGACAUACCAAUCGUGGUGAAGGAGCAGAGCAACAAAGAAAUUGCUGAAUCUGAAUCGAGUCCAAUCCCAGAAAAGCAGAAGAUGGUCUCCUCCUCUUCCACUCCAGAUAAAGAGCCCUGCUCCUUCCUGCCCAAUCCUCACAUGGCACAUCUCCUCACCCAGCCACGAGACUCCUUUGAGAUGGAAGAGUUACAGAGUAACGAGGAUGAGGCAGUUUCUGGGACUCACUGUUAUUCCAGAGAGGGCAGUGAGCCUUUACUGAGGACAGCUAGUCAACAGUCAGACAGCAGCGGCUUUGCAGAGGAUCCCUCUACAGAAGGCUCAGCUAACUUUCUGAAGGUCCAGGAAAGCUCGGACAGCUGUGACAGCGAAACAACCGUGACGUCUCACACAGUUGGAUCUGGAACACCUGUGUCUCUGGAACACCCAGCCUUUGAAAGGCUAUUAGUGGACGAGGAGCUACUCAUGCAGACCAGUAUGGGGCUCUUUGGCCGUGUCAGAGCUGAGGAAGUCCCUGAACAUGUGAGCCAACAGUUGCCAACACAUUGCAUCAUGGACAAGACAAAACCAGAGACUUUGGAGACUGCUGGGUCUGAGACAGAAAUUCAUCAUAGACUUACUGGUUCUGUAAUUGAGACAAGCUCGAGCACAGAAUCACUCUCCACUGUAGAGUCAGCAGAUCCACAGUCAUCUAUGGAUCUGGCUUCAGUACCAAACGUACCUAAUGCAAGUGCAGAGACAGGUGAACAAGAUUUGAUCAUGGAGGCUGACAGCUCAACAGAGACAAAUUUAUCAGCAUCAAGCUCUUCCACUCCAUUAGAACCAGUGUUAGAAAAUGUACCAACCCCAGGUCAAAGUUCAGAUGUUGUUCUUGAAAACGAGAACCUUAGCACCUCAGAUAGGGUCCAUGGUGCCCUGCUUCGGGCCCAGCAGAGGACAAACUCAUGCGAGGAGCAGAGGAGACGGGUUUGGAUUCGGUCAAGUGACCUACUGAGGAAUCUAGAUGAGCAGGUGAGGAACCCACUUCAAAGGUCCAGCUCCCUCCCAACCUCGCUGCUGAGCCCAACUCGGGUGGUGUCAUCUGUGCACAUCCAACUGGGUCAGGGCUCAGUCCAACAGUGCACUCCACCAUGCUAUAGCUAUCGCUAUGAGGAGGGACCAGAGGAGGACACAUCCAUUGUAGAGGAAAAAAACAACAAAUCUCAGUCCAGAUACCAGUCCAAUCUUGCUGAUGGAGACUCACUCAGCUUAAAUACAGAGACAGAGCUAGACAGCACAGGAGUGCCUCCGUACCCCAUGAAUGUGCCUCAGCAUUUAACUCGGUCGACUAGCUCACUCUACAGCAUCCCUGCUGAUUGGCCUUUGCGGCGUAUGGCAGAAGCUCCUGUUUGGAGCACCAACAGUGUUCCUGAUCUGACCCAGUACACAGGGAUACCACAUCCUGCGAUUCCACGUCACAUCCAGCAAGAGCUUCCUCAAUUCCGAGGACCAGUUGGCUCCCUUUACCAGAAACCUGUUAAUCCCCCUAGUCGCAGUUAUACCCCUAUCAACAGCCCCUGCCCUUACACACAGAGUGGCUUGUAUUCCCAGUAUCCUCAGCCACAGAACUCACCAUUUCCUCACCCUGUAUACACAGCACCUCAUGGUUCAUCUUUCCCCCAACAAAAUAUGGCUUAUACCCACCCACAAAGCAUGCCUUACAAUCCUUUAACACCCUUCCAGUCUCCUCUUCUAACUAACCCUUACGGUUCCACAUUCAAUCUGCACCUGCAGGCAGGUCCCCACAACCCUCAAGUGCCUCUUACCCAUGCUUGUAGUGCCCCCUGUAGCCUGGCCUAUGGUAACACACCUUAUCACCCCACUAUGCCCUAUGGACAUCAGUGUAAUUCCCCAUUACACACUCCACCUGCCCCAUUCUCCCCAAUGUCUGCCUCAUUCCCAUCUGACACCCCAACUCCUCCCCCAACUUUGGGCAGUACGGAAAUGCAGCUGCGUCGAGUCCUGCAUGAAAUUAGAGGCACCGUCCAGAGUUUUGGCCAGAGUGCUUCCGAGCAACGUGAUGGCACACCCGCAGGGGUACACAGUCCACACCAAGCUGUCCAACCACUCUAUGAGGAGCUGCAGAGGCGGCGGAGGAACCUGAAUGUUUUCCGGACUCAGAUGAUGGACCUUGAGCUGGCGCUGAUGAGGCAGCAGUCCAUGGUUUAUCAGCUCCUCACUCCUGAUGAGAGGCGAGAGGCGGAGCAGCUUCAGAGGCUUCGUGUCGCUGUUCGUCAGGAGCUCCAGGAGUUGGAGCUGCAGCUGGAGGAUCGACUCCUCACUCUGGAUGAUCAUCUUCACUUGGCUCGCAGCAGCCGCCUCUAUCGCCAUCCGCUGGACAUGUCCAGGGGCCAGAGCAUGGACAGUCUAUCUAGCUCCUCUGCACUCAGAGCUACAGAGCCGGUAACUGAUCUCUUGCGGGAGCAGAUGUAUCUCCAGUCAGAGCUGAGCUAUGAUGGCUCUGGUGCAGUCAACUCACCAACCUCAGCUCGCUCGUCGAGGUCAGCAAGUCCGGUGCGAUCCCAUGACCCCAGUGAUCUCACCUCGUCUGUAUUAAGGAAAAGAGGAGGAGUGUAUCGCUCAACAGUCAGCCUAACACCCUCCAUACCUCCGAGAUCAGGAGCAGAGGGCCAGGAGCGAACAGCAACGAAGAACAUGAGCCCUAGUCUACCUGAGGUCAAGACUCAGAGCGCAGCACACAGCGUCUUGGACCAGGAUACUAAAGAGCCUUCAAAUCAGGAAGACAGAAGUGGAGGAGGAGGAGAGGAAGCUUGUGGAAAUGAUCAUAUGCAGCAGCUCAUCCAACAGAUUAAGCAGAGUCUCACUGAAGAGAUCAGAAAGGAGAUCGUCAACGAGCUUCUCUCUGCUGUGUUGCCGCGGAGAUCUCCUGUAGUGACACAAGAGCCAGCACCAUGACAAUGGUGAUUGGCAGCUGAAGAGGAGGAGUGCUGUGGAUCUAAACUCUGAGGAAACACUGCCCUCUUGAGUCUGUCACACACUACUGCAGCUCAAACAAACACCAUCUAUCCAACUGCCUUCCCAGUGAACGUCUCCACUACAAUGUUCUGAACACCUCAACCUGAUACUACUGCUCCAGAGAUGAUCAUCUGCUCCACAUGUCAGCAAUAUCUAUCUGCAGCCCCUCACACCCACCUUGUGAAGCCCCAGGCUAGGCGGAUAAAGCCCCUGCUUGGGCCAUAGUAAAUGUUUCUUUGAAAAUAAAAGCAAAGUUUUCUGUAACUAAGCUAGCAUUUACUAGAUAACACUUUAUAAGAUUGAUUAGUGUAUUUGUAAAUUUUAAACAGUUAUGUAAAAGCAACAUACCUUCCAUUACAUUUAAUCUCACUUACAAAUGUUAGGCAAAUGUUAGUAUUUUCCACUUCACUUUAGCACAUUAGCUAGCUAGCUAACUAAGCUGAUAUUAAUGUUAAUUUAGCAUAAAGCAUAAUUAUGUGAUCACAGCACAGAUUUUAUACAAGAUAUACAAUUUAUUCAUCUACAAAUUUUUGCAAAAGUUAAUGUUAGAAACAUUUAUCGUGGUCAUUAAUUUCACUUUCUCAACUAUUUGGUAUUUAAAAUUGAAAAGUUUUUUUCACACAUUUGUUGACACAUCCGUUUAAGCUGGGGCUUCAUCCGUCUAACCCAGGUCUUGUCCCACCCGAAGCCAGGGCUACAGCUGCCCAAGCUCAGACUACAAAGUGGGGACUCCUCAAGGUGGGGCUUCAUCUCGCCAAACCCAGUCUUCUCACACCCAACAGGAGGGGUCUCAUGCCAGCUGGGAGUGUUUGAUGCCCAAGCCCAAGCUUCUCAAACCCAAGUAGAGGAUUCUCAUGCUCAAGUGUGACAUUCUUGAGUUUAAUCCAGGGAUUCUUCAGCCUAGGCAGGGUGGGGCUUCAUCUGUCCAAGUCUAAGCUUCACACACCCAAGAGAGGGAUUCUCACUGGUGGUCAUUGAUGCCCAAGCCAGGGCUUUAUCCACCGAAGUGAAGGCUUCAUCCGCCAAAGCCCAAGUUCUUUCCAAGCCCAAGCUUCUUACGUCCAAGAGAGGGAUUAUUGAUGCCCAAGCCAGGGCUUUAUCCACCGAAGUGAAGGCUUCAUCCGCCAAAGCCCAAGUUCUUUCCAAGCCCAAGCUUCUUACGUCCAAGAGAGGGAUUAUUUUGCCCGAUUGGGGGUGUUUAAUACCCAAGCCAGGACUUCACCUGCCCAAGUAGGAUUCUCAUGCUCAGUUGGGAGAUUCUUGCACUUAAUGUGGUGAUUCUUCUGCCCAGGCAGGAGCUUCAUCCACCCAAGCAAGGGCUUCAUCUGCUCAAGAUGACAAUUCUUACUUCCAAGUAGGGAAUUUUUAUGCCCAAUUGGGGGAUUAUUCCACCCAAACUGAGGCUCUGUCCACUUAAGCAGGCAAUGCCCAGGAUGGGGCUUCAUCUUAGGGUCAGCAGUUGGAUAUCACUGCCCCAUCUGAUGGAUUACAGCAGGAACAUUCAUCCACUCCUCAAAUACACUGUACUACCAACUGAAAAACGCAAGAUCAUCCAAUCAUUCCAUUCAUUUAUCUUCACCCAUUGUAGCUACUGGACCUGCAGACACUACUGCAUGGCAACGCUUAACCAAACCAUUCCAACAACACUUUCUGAAGACCUCAACCAGACAUUAUUACCACAGGGACACACAUGGGGGAUUGCUGCACUGGAUCAAUUUUACAGGAUCGUCCACCUGAACAGACAAUAAAUGGAUCUGCUUGUUUCCUCCAUCUGAGUGCAAACGUCAUAGUAUUCCAAACUUUUUUUAUACAAAAACUCUCUGAGUAGAGAGGCUGCAAAUCAUUUCAUACGAGUUUUAUAUGGUACGCUGCCAUUUUCCUGAAAAACUUUAAGCUGUACUUCUUUUUUUUUUUUUUUUUUUUUUUUUUUUUUUUUUUUUCUUCGUUAGGGUGAAAGGUGGCCAGGCUUGAUGAUCACACGAUGUAGGUGAUGGUGAAAGCAUUAUGGUGUGUUUAUGUACAUAUAUGUGAGUCUUCUAAUGCAGCCUCUGUGAGGUACUAACCGUGCAAUAUGUUUCACUUGAACUGACCAGUCACAACUGCUGUUUAUAGGCCUGCCACUUUAAAAAGAGGAAGGGGACACAAGUGUAACCACACACACACACACACACACACACACACACACACAAUUUCCAAGUUUUAUAUUGGGAUUCCAUGACACGCUUUACGUGUAGAGAUUAAGCUUUCUGAGCACAAGCACUAAACCUGCUAUUGCUUCAGUCUUUUAUGACUGAAGCCUUUUUUUUUUAAAUUAAACACAGCAACCACUAGUUUGUUGGGGGAAAAAAAACUCAUUUGAAGUUUUUAAAAAAGUGCCGUGCUGAAUGUCUUAUGUGCCUUUCGCAAGUAACUAUUUUCAAGUGUUAGACGGAUGACUUCCAAGCCUUGUGUAUGUGACGAGGCAGGUGAUUUUCAUAGCUGAUCUUUGUUCUAAUGAAUUGUAAUACUAACUGAUUCACGUGACUACAGUUUUUUUAAGGGACAUGCUAACUUGUCAUUUGGGAUGCAUGAGGAAUUUAUCUCUAAAGCAAAUCAUUAAUAAAGAUUUAUUUAUUUUGAAUAUA